CUAAAAUAAUUCUUUUUUGUUUCUAACUAGGUCCGAUUUUUUAAAAGUUCGUGGAUUUGAUGAAGACAUUGUAGGUUGGGGUGGAGAAGAUGUGAUGCUUUAUCGGAAAUACGUGCACAGCGACAUGAAGGUGAUUAGAGCUACGGAUCCAGGAAUUUUUCAUAUCUGGCAUCCAAAAGUUUGUUCUGGUACUCCGGGUGGCCAAAAGCUUUCACCGGAUCAAUACAGAUCCUGCAUCAGAUCGAGAGCUUUAAACGAAGCCUCUCACGCACAAUUGGGCUUUUUAGCCUUCAGAGAUGAUAUAGCAGCGAAUAACGGCCCCGCGAAAUAUCCGCCACCCCCGCAAAACCCCCAUCACCACCCUCCACCGAAAAAAGCCCCGCCAAAUCCUCCAAAUUAAAUUCUGCUUUAACUUUAAGUAUUGAAUUGUGAUAUUUUUUCGUGUCAUUUAUUGUUAAUACAUUCCUGAUUAUUGUUUUUUUUCGUUAUUUAGUGUUUUAAGAGAUUGUUUUUGAUUGUUAAUAAAUUAAACGAGAAUUUGUACAUCGAACAUUCCA